AUGCUUCAACGUGACCCUGCCUUUGGAGGUUUCCUCAUAUCCCAGCUCUGUGUUGGUGUCCUAGGGAACUCAUUGUUCCUCGUGUUAUAUGUGUAUACCUUCUUAGUCCAGCCUCGUUUUAAAAAGCCUAUAGAUGUCAUUUUCAUGCACCUGACACUAGUCAAUAUGUUGACAAUCAUAUUCAUAUUGGUACCAGCUAUUGUGUCAUCCUUUGGAGUAAGUCAAUUUCUGAACAAUGCUGGUUGUAAGGUGGUUUUGUAUAUCUUCCGGGUCACUCGGGGUCUGUCCAUCUGCACUACCUGCAUUCUGAGCACAUUUCAAUCCAUCAUCAUCACUCCCAGUAAUUCUCAGUGGGUGUGGCUUAAGUCAAAACUCUCUACUUGGACCUUUUACUUCUUCUUGUUUUCCUGGUUCAUCAACCUGAUCAUCUAUGUGCGUGUCAUUGAGACUGUGAUGGCCAAAACUAAUUAUACUCAUGCUGGUUGUGGAUAUUCACAGGCUUACUGUGAAGUCACAGAGUUUGGGAACAUCAAACCCGAAUUCUUUUUGAGUGUCAUACUGAUUCGAGAUCACUUUUUUGUGGUCCUCAUGAUGUGGACCAGCCUCUACAUGGUGAUUCUCCUCUACAGACACCGUAAGAGAGCCCAGCAUGUCCACAGCACAAGGCUUUCCUCCCAGUCAUCUCCUGAACGCAAAGCCACCCAGAACAUCCUGUUGCUGGUAAGCUGCUUUGUGUUCUUCUUUUGGGUAAAUGACUUUGUCACCCUUUAUGAGUUUUAUAUGCCUGAGAAAAUGACAAGAUUGAGGGGACUUAAUACAGUUUUAACAACCUGCUACCCUACCAUCUCCCCAUUUUUACUAAUGAAGAAUAGUAAAGUUAUUUCACAGUUUACUUCUUCCCAGUCACUACUGAGAAUUACAGGUUUUCAAAGAGCACUCAGAGACUGA